CCGGCGGGCACUGGCCCUGGCUCCCGCAGCUAAUGGUUUAUUGGAAGGGCGGGGAUGGCCGCGCCUCCUGGCCGGCCAAGAGUAAAAUUCCCGCGGGCUCUGUCGGGUGGACCGAACGGCGCCCUCAGUCCUUUGCUCCACCAGCGUUCCUCCUCAGCUGAGCUGCAGUGGGCGCUGUGCCAGUUAUUUCCGCCAAGAGGAAGUGCUGGGUCCGUAAUUCGGGUACUAGCUUUCCCAGACCCUUAUUUUUUUUCUGGGUGCAGAGUCUUUCCGUGGUCUGGGGGGUUUUUGUCGUCCGGCUUACGUCAUCGAGAAUCUCUGAGGGUCCAGUUUCUUAGCUACACUGUCACUCCCUCCUGGAGGUGGAGUGACGCGCGCGAGUGAGCGGGCAGGCUGCAUUGGGUGCCUGCGUCCCGCCAAAGAGCCAGGUUUGUAAUCGUGAAAAUAACACUGGUGUUAACUCCCGAGAGGAUCUUUUCCUCCGUCUGCCAUCCAUCCGUGCUGGAUUUAGCAAGCUACCGACAGUGUUGCAGAUUUUAAUGAGUGAUGUAGUUAUCCUGGAUGCCAAGCUGGCAAAAUCCACUCUGCGAAAUUGUGUUGUACUGGACUGUGAUUCUAAGGGGGGGGAAUUAGCUUUCCUCUUCUUAUGUGUUUCUUAUUUUCUCAUUUCGUAUUUCUGUCGUGUUGUGCUGUCGUCUUUUCCAGCCAAUGGAAGGACUAUUGAUAAAUUCAUUCACAGCCCUGUGAUAACAACUUAAUCCAUCAUACACUGUAGCCAUCAAAUCUUGUAUUAUGCUGACUUUUUUUGGUGCCCCUAGUAAUUUCAUCAGAUUGUGAGCUCCUUGGGAGCAGAACUUGUUUUUUUCGCCUACUGAUGCCACUGCUAUAGCAUGUGCUGGCAUUUUUGGUAGAUACUCAAUAAUUGUUUCUUUGGUUUAUUGUUUCCUCUCAACUGCCAUCGAAAAGAAAACAUCAUGGAGAGGUUAUGUUUUACAAAUAAGAAUGAAUUCAUUCUGGUGGAAUUUCAAAUAAAUGGCCUGGGGUUUCAUACAUCUAAAGUCUUAAUGUAAGCUACCGCCUACAUUGUUCUUACAGCAAGUAGGUGAUUUCUAUACCAAAUCUUGUCUUUUCCUAAACUCUAGAAGAAAGAUAUUUCUUCUGAUGAGAAAUGGUAUCAUCACAGUACCUUCUUUUAGUUGUAGAGUUCCUAUGAAAAACAAUACACAAGCGAUAUGGAUAAUUACCUUUAUAUUCUCUGACGGUCAGCAUAGCUAUGUACAUGCCUCUUACAUAAUAAUAAUUAUGAAGCACAAAGAUGUGAUAGUAUUUAUCUUCUCAUUCACUUAUUUAAUGCUUUGUUUGGAGUCUCUGUUUUUCUCUUUGCUUAAAGGUAAGGUACCAUUACAGAAGCUUGAUAAACUUCUCAUUUCAAGAAAUUGAGCCUGUACAGAAAUUACAGCCAUUUGCAUAGAUUCUUCUUUGAGUGAAUUCUAAAGACUAAGAUGUGCUUCCCUUCAUCCUGGCUUUUCCUUCUCAUUUUUCUUCCCAGGUUCACUCACCUUUUCCCUUUCUCAUCAUUCUUCUCUCCCCAGCUAAUAUAGUAAAGACACCCACAGUAUCAAAAGGAGCAAACCAUGAUCAAAUUCUCCUUUUCAAUAACAUUUUUUUUAUCUUAUUGAAAUAAGUGCUGGUAAUUUGGCAGUUGGCCAAAUGAAACUAUUAUUUUAUUUAAAUGUGCCUCAAGCAAAUUCUGCAAUUUUCCAAAAUAAAUAUUUUUCUCAUCAGAGACUGCCUUUCUUUGAAAUUUUUACUUUUAGACUCACUGGGGAUUCCCUUAAAUUUUGUGGCAAGUGUCAUCAAUAAGAUGAUAGAGGGAAGUUUGCAAAUUUUCAGCUCUUUUGUACAUUCUCUUCUUACCUAGUAGAUAAAUAAUUUCCAGAAGUUUCUGUCCUAAUUCAUGUGCACUAAAAUUCAGUUAGAUAAUGAAAAAGCAUGUAUGUAAACUCGAAACCAUUCUGAUAUUUAUUAUCUGAAACUAAAAUGUAGCAAGAAUGAGAGAUAAAGUAAUAAGGCUUAAUUUUUUUACUACCUGUAUAAAUAUGAUAUUGGCAGCAGUCAUUGUGUAGCACUGGACGGGGAAUCAGGAGACCUGGUUUCUAAUCCCUGCUUUGUCACUAACAAGCUGUGUGAUAUUCGAAGCUUAAGUGAAAAUGGUACAUGUUAGAAGACAUGAAACAAGGAAAAAUUCUAAAACUCAAGUGCCUGAGCAAAAAUCUCGAGUUGAUUGGCGGCGGACUAAAAGAAGUAGUAUCUCACAAUUAUUUGAUAGUGAUGAAGAGUUUGAUAGUGAUGAGGAACUUGAUAGUGAUGAAGAGCUUAAUAGUGAUGAAGAGCUUGAUAGUGAUGAAAGUGUUGAUAAUGAUGAAGAGCUUGAUAGUAACAAGGGGCUGGAUAUUAAUAACACACCAGAAAACGAAAGAGCACUUAAGUUAAUCAAAACUGAAAGUGAAGGAAGCAGCAGUAAGGAUCUCAUUAACUCUGGCAACAGUUCAACAUACAAAGAAGACGUGAACAAAACCUAUCAUAGGAGUACUGUCUUAUCAGAUCAUGAAAAUCUCCUGAGUCGGGAGGAGGAGGAUCUCAAGAAACAUACUGGACAAAUCAUAGAGGAGGAUUUAGAAGAAGAACACAUCAAGCGAGGGAAAAGGAAAAGGAUAUCCUCUGUGAUGUAUGACAGUGAUGACAGUGAUGACAGUGAUGACAGUGAUGUCCUAGUUAGAAAAGUAGGUGUUAAACGUCCACGAAGAGUGGUUGAAGAUGAAUGUUCUUCAGUGGAAAUGGAGCUAAAAAACCCUGAGAAAUCAUUGGCUGCUCGAAAGCGAGAACAACUCCAGAAGCUGAAAGAACUCUCAAAACAAAGAUCUCGCCAGAGACGCAAUAGUGGUAGAGAUUUUGAGGACUCUGAAAAGGAAUCCUGCCCAAGCAGUGAUGAAGAGGAGGAGGAGGAUUAUGAAUAUGAAGAUGGAGAUAAUUAUAUUAUUGAUGACUUUGUAGUACAAGAUGAGGAGGGUGAUGAAGAGAGUAAAAGUCAACAAGGAGAAAAACUGACUACCUCACAACUGAAAUUAGUAAAACAGAAUUCUCUUUAUUCCUUUAGUGACCACUAUACUCACUUUGAAAGAGUUGUGAAGGCUCUUCUGAUCAAUGCUUUAGAUGAAUCUUUUCUGGGAACAUUAUAUGAUGGCACCAGGCAAAAAUCAUAUGCACAAGAUAUGUUGACAUCUCUUCAUUAUUUGGAUAAUCGCUUUGUUCAGCCCCGUCUAGAGAGUUUAGCUUCUAGAAGUCGUUGGAAAGAGCAAUAUAAGGAGCGGGUGGAAAAUUAUUCUAAUGUGAGUAUCCAUUGGAAGAAUCCUGAAAACUGUUCCUGUCAGGCUUGUGGAUUGCAUCGCCACUGCAGAUAUUCAGUGCAUUUAUCAGGAAAGUUGUAUAACACCAGGACUAUGGAAACAGAUGAUUUCAUGUCACAUGAUAAACAGGUGUUUACUGUUGGCAGAAUAUGUGCUGAUCGUACCAGAAUUUAUCAUAAACUGAAACAUUUUAAGUUCAAACUAUACCAGGAAUGUUGCUCAAUUGCAAAGACAGAAGAAGUUGAGGAUGAACAGGUUAAAGAAACAGUGGAAAGAAUUUUCAGUCAGUCAAAAGAAAAUGGCUGGAUUAAAGAGAAAUAUGGUCAACUUGAAGAAUAUCUCAAUUUUGCGGAUUACUUUCAAGAUGAGAAGUUUGACUGAAUUGUAAUACAUUUCCUUCAGAGAAGAUUUUAUAAAUUCUUGUAAAUGUGAAGAUCAUGAACCUUGUUUUCCGUAUUAUGUGGCAUAUUUAUAUGUUUUAUGUGUAUCUUCCAGCAAAAUAUCUUGUUUAAAACAUGUUCAUCUAAUUUCCCAUGGAAUGGCACUCUACAUCUAAUAAAACUUUCAUCUGCUAUACAUGGAAAACAAGCUUAAUAAUUAUUAAGCCCAUAAAUGUAUUUUAAGGUUAUCUAACAAUGCCUUUAUUGCAGAUGACUAUCGAGUGAAUUAGCUAAUCAUGUUCUGUCAGUUUAGUAGAAAUAUAUUGUAUUUAAAAAUAUUUAGCCUAACAUCUAUAUAUAUUUAUUGCUGAAUCUCUGUUAAGGUCUAUUUGUUAUCCUUUCACAGUAUUAAAUGACUUUCUUCACUAAUAUAUUUUUUACUAUCAUCUAAAUCAGUGGGCCAUAGAAGAAACCUUAUUGUAUUAUUCUGUUCAGUUCAGUCCCCUUGCCUCAUAAUCAGACUGUAGCUAUUCUAUUCCAACUAGGAGAGUGCUUUAUGCUUCUUCUAAAGUUUUCCUUACAAAUGAAUUUCAGGCCUCUGAGAGUCUUUCAAACCUCGCAUUCAGGAAAAAUUCAUGAUCUGUAUUUUCAUACUUUAUGAAGUUAUUUCUUUUUUCUAUUCAAUAUUGUCUAAAUGUGUUUUAGUCAGUUUUUUCACUGUUGUUGUGACUAAAAGGGUCUGACCAGCACAAUUAUAGGGGAGGAACAGUUUAUUUGAGGACUCACAGUUUCAUAGGUCUUAGACCAUAGAAGGCUGGCUCUGUUCCUCAGGACUCCAGGUGAGACUGAACAAUAUGGGGGAAGAGUGUAGCAGAGGGAAACAGCUCACAUUGUGAUCAGGAAACAGAGUGAGAGUUUCUACUCUUCAGAUACAAAGUAUAUACCCCAAAACCAUCCCUCAAUUCUAAUCUCCAGCCAUACCCUCUCACAACUAGUCAGUUAAUCCCUAUAUCUGGGGAUUAAAUCACUGAUUGUGUUAAGACUCUUAUGUAACCCAAUCAUUUCUCCUUUGAACCUUCUUGUGUUGUCUCACACCAUGUGAGCUUUCGGGGACACCUCACAUCCAAACCAUAACAAGAUGUUAAUGAUUAUAUUUUAUUUUUUACCCAAAACUUUCCCAAUAUACGCAUAUGUGUUAGGGUCUGAAGAUCUCAGAGACAAGUUCAUCCAAAAACACUUUCACAGCAUAUUUUGGUAUCUGCAUUACUUUGCACAUUUUCAUGUUCCCAUAGUAUAAUAAAUAGUUGUGAAGUGAACAAAUGGAUCCUGUCUAUUCCAUCUUUAAUUCUUAAUAGUAGUAUUCUAGAAGGAUCUGGUCUGUGGAAAUUUAGAUUCUUUUUUCUUUUCUUACUGGAAGUGUUAAUUGAACUUGGCUUUAUCUAUUAUGAGAUUCAGGGCAUGGACCUCAAUGUAUGUGUGUGUGUGUGUG